AUGGCCAUCCACUCGCAGGGGGUUCUGGAUCCAGACCUCACUCCUGAGGCCCCGGCUCUCCGAAGCCGGGCCCAGCGAUCUGGUGGACUGGCUGUGAUGGCUGGCAUGGGUCCUAUCCUCCGGCCUCCUCUGAGGCCCCGGCUGGCCACCACGCCCCGGGAAUGGGGUGGACUGACUAGUGGCUGGCAUGGGUCUUGUCCUUCAUCCUCUCCUGAGGCGCUGGCUCUCCGAAGCUUAAGAGGUUGGAGGAUGGAUGUGUCCUCGGUUGUGUGGAUCAGGUGAGCAUUGGUGCUCACAUUGCUAGACACAACCUCCUGUCGGUGCACUGUUGUAGUGUGAGCAUGGCCAUCCUCACAGGGGUUCUGGUCCUGGAGCUCGCCGGCAGGAAGCUCACCUUUGGUGGUGAUGCUCCCAGUGCUCUUAGAUUAGGCCUUUCUUUCUUUCUUUCUUUCUUUCUUUCUUUCUUUCUUUCUUUCUUUCUUUCUUUCUUUCUUUCUUUCUUUCUUUCUUUCUCUGUGGAAACCAAUCAGCUAUGACAUAUCCCAAUAUACCCCAAUAUCGAAGGGUGGCUGUUGCUCGGUGGUAAAGUCUGUUGUCUCCCAAUUGGCAUAGUUGAGGGUCCAAUCCCAGGGCUGUCCACAUGCCCAAGUUCUUUGGCAAGACAUUUUUGCAAGACCAUCUAUACACAAUGCAGGAUUUUAAAAAAAUACUUCAAACAUUUCCAGAUAUGGAAACAAAUCUAAAUCUGGUACCACAUUUGACUUUUCAUCUUAUCUCCUCUUACAGUUAGAAAUCUACCUUGUCUAAGAUCAGCUGGAAAACAGACAGAUACAUAAAACCAUUGAUUAUAAAGAAUAAGGGGUUUUAGGUGGCUGAUGUACAUAUUUCUGAGCAUUAUUUCUUCAUAACGGUAUCUGACAUUGGCUUUAAAAACAAUAUACACCAGUGCAUGCUAUUUUCUUAUGCUCAGACCACGGUGGCUCCCCAAUUGACCAUCAUUUUACACAUGUUUAUAACCACAUUUUACUUUAUCAACACUACCUAUGGGUCUUUGGGACUCACUUUGUUGUAAACCCAUCAACACACUGCUUUGCCAUGGAGAAAAUAGAAAAAAAUUUAAAAGAAAUUCUCUCAUCUUGUCACCCUAAACUCAUGAGCACAGAAGUGUCUCCAAUAAUGCUGCUCUUCCCUACAGUUAAUCUCUGAUAAUGAGAAAAAAUGAUGAGGGUUUAGUGGGUAAAGGUUCCUCCAGUACAUGCUGAGAAAAAAGCAGCAGGAACUAACAGGCACCUGCUACUGCCGACUGGCCUUCACAAAGUAGCAGUCUCAGCAGUUUCACUGUGAUGCCGCAGCCCACUCGAUGGGAAAUCUGCUUCUUCACUCCUCAUGCAUGCAUUACGAUGAUGAAGAUAAAUAUAAUCUGACUUUUCUUUUUAAUGAAACUAUUAACAUAAAAAAAUUCCUGGUCAUCUCUUGUUGAUUUAAUUUGAGAGUAUUCUCCGGAAGUCAAUUCUAUCCACAAAUAUGUAACUUCAGUAGUUCAUUUUAGUUUAGUUUCAAGUUGUGAGCACAUGAAGGGAGUGUGGCAGUAUUGUCCCCCUAAAUUCAACACCACAUACUACACUAAAUAAGACAAAUCUGCUAAAGUUGCACCACAUAAACUAUAUCAAGAUAAUGACCAGUGCAUGCUCUCUGAGAGAAAAACAUUAAAGGCAUUGUAGUUCUUAACUUUGACCACUGUGGGGAUAUAAAAGUGUGAUUUUAAUAGUGACAUGGGGUUAAGAUGGAUUUGGUAGGCUACCUGUACAAAUAUAAAACAGUAUUCUUUUUCUGACCAAAAAAUAUGGGCGCAGUGUUUUACAACAUAAACAAGGGGAAUGAAGGCACUGACACAUUCAGCUAAUGUGAUUUUUGUUUGUUGAGUAUAAACAUGUAUUUCUUUUGAAAACUGUACAGAUCCUAAUUAUUUUUCCAUCUUUAUAGUAGUUGUAGUAAAACAGUUAACAUGAGCACAUAACAUUUUGGUUAAAUCUUCUGUUUCCUUGUUUUAUUCUGUUUUUUCUUUCUUUUUUCUUUCUUUCUUUUUUCUUUUUCAUAAAACAAUAGAUGUGGCACUGUGUUAAGUAGGGGAGAGUGGGGUAAGUUGAGCCAAAGGGUUAGUUGAGCUACCCCCUGUUGCUUGGAAAUGCUAAGAGAAAUUGAUCAUGUGACCAAAUAUUUAGGAGAUGGGCAUCAAUUCAUGGAGUCUGUGAAGGUUAGAAGCACAUGGGUGAAGGGGUUAGACAUUUAUUCCCCCCCCCCCCAAAAAAAAAAAAAAAUCACUCUUGAAAGUGAAUUUAGUCUGUCAUAAGUUUUAUUAGAAUUGUGUUCAGACAAAAAAAAAAAUCAUAUAAAAUAUGUUUUAUACAUUAAUUGUGGUAUCGAUGAGCUACAACACCAGGUUAAAAAACCUAGCAUAAAAGUCCACCAUUUUAGCUAAGAGGACUAAUGAAGUCAUAAUAGUAGUUCUGGGGUAACUGAGAAAGUAAAGUAGUCUGAUGAGAGGAUCAGAGUUUCAGUUCAGAUUGUUGAAAUGUGUUACUUUUUCUUUUCAAAAAUACAGCUGUGAAUGUUCUGAAUCAUUCAAAGGCAUUCCUUUUCCAUUUUUUUUUGGCAUGCUAUAUUAUCAAGACAGUUAUGUUCACACUCAUUCUGUUUGUUUGAAAUAUAUGCACAUACACUAGUUAGAGACAAAACUAUGAUUGCUUUGAUGUAGUGGUCCAAAAUAUGAAAAAUGGCUCAUCUUACCCCACUCUCCCUCACUUCCAUUUGCACUAAUUUCGCCAUGUCAUUAUAUUGAAGUUCUCCACCAAAACCACUAGAGGGCAACAAACACCAGUAAUGCUCACUUGUGGACCCUGAUUGAUGAUCAGGGUAAGUCGAUUACAAUAAAGCAUACCCAGAGUGGGAUUUUAAAAAUAAACCCUUUAAAAAUCACUCCACAGGCCUUCAUGUACAAGCUACACCAGAGAACAAAAGGAAAGGAGAGAGAGGGGGUGAAUUUAAUCAAAAUUAAUAGAUUAAUAACUCUCACUCGGGAGUUACUGUCUGAACUCUUAACUUUUUUUCAUUAUCCAAGUGACAGUGUGUUCACACAGUAGUUUAAAUCCCUGUACAAGCUAUGGAUGGUUCUGGAUCUUACCUGUCUUUUCCACGCACAAAACCACACCUGCGUGUGACGUUUGGUGACGUAACGUCGGAGGAGGACGUACGUGACGCAUCAAGCCUCAAUGAAAACAGACGGCUCCGUCAGCGGCGAGCAGACAGCUGAGCUCAGGGAAAAGUGGUCGAACAUCUGUCCGAAAGACGCGCGUAUAUCGACUUUAACCUGGAUAAUCGAAGUUUACACUGUUGUCGAAUAGUGGUGCAACGAAGACUAGGAGGAAUACAGAGUUUGGUGAGUAAAUAUUCCAAAGAAGCUAUGUUUGAGUCUAAAAAAGCCAGUUUAGCUUCAACACUGACAGUAGUAGUGUGUAAAGUAGCCUUAAUGUGUUGUCACCAGCCUUUACUUUGACAUUUGGAGAAAAGACAGCGUAUAAAUAUAAUAUAAUGGAUCUGAGAAAGUUAAAAUUUAGUGUUGUCUUGUGUAAUGGUAACACCUGCUAGCAUGCCUGUGGUUGAUCUCAGUCCAUAUUUUUCAUUGAUAAAAAUAAAAUUAAAACGAUUAACUUCUAAAUUUAAUCCCCGUUUCUGUUAAUAGAGGUCUAUUCUGUGUUUCAGAUUUGUGUUUCAGGAUUAUACUCUAGGUGAGCCCUGUUAUAUAACGGACUCUGAUCAUAGGACUUAGCCUGGCCCUGCUAACCUGCGCUAACAAUAUAGCAGCUCCUCCAAGAGUCCCUUUGGGGUGUUUUUAUUAAUGUCUCCGGUUUCCGAGUCUCAGGAAACUUCAGCCACUCAAAGCCAACAUUGAAAUAGAUUUAUCUAGAGGUUUUGUUGGUAUGUGGCAUCUUGAACACCACGCUGAAGUGUUUCUUAGUCACGAUGACUCGACUGUUAGCUUCACUAGCAUGCAGUGGGUCCCCCACCCCGAAUGUUUACCUUGUCUGAACCGAACAACUCGACUAUUUGUUUUUCACAUUAAACAUUUCCUUUUAUCAUCACAGUUAGCUGCCAGACUUCUUCAGUCAUGGAGUUUCCAGAUCUAGGAGAGCACUGCUCUGAGAAGACCUGCAAACGUUUAGGUUAGUACUGUGUGUCAAAGAUGCUAAUGUCAUGUAUGUUUAUCACAUACCAAGUGAGGACGACCUGAAAUUUAAUACCCGGCCUGAUAUUUCAGAUUUUCUUCCCAUGAAAUGUGAUGCCUGUCAAGAGAUUUUCUGCAAGGACCACAUAACCUAUGCAAACCACAAAUGCAUGUCCUCCUACAAAAAGGUAACUGCAGUAUUUUUUUUAGCACAGCUGUAUAUGUGUUAGGGCCCGACCGAUAUGGAUUUUUGGGGGCUGAUACCGAUUAUUAGGGGGGGAUAAAUCCUAUUACCAAUUGAUCGGCCGAUUUUAUUAAAUUUUUAUGAAGUUUUAAAAUUUUGUUAAUUCAAGUAAUAUAUCUACAUAUUUACUAUUUUUUAACAAAGGGCUGCUUUUGAGCCUUUCAAACACUUCUUCAAAGAAUUAAAGGCAGAAAACUCAUUUCAAAUCUUUUUUAUUGCUAAAACAGCUGUACUCAGUAACUCAGUAAUAGUCCAUGUAUUUAUCAUAAAGCAUUUUCAACUUUACCCCCCACUGCCGACCACUGCCUCCGCGUCUUAACUCACGUUAAACAUUUCCUGGCCGGUCUCAUCUGGAGACAUGCAGCUGCCUCAGUAAGAGAAGUAGCUCGAUCAUGUAAUGUUUACUGUUGUUUAUUCUACUGUUACUGGCCCGACUAACAGUGUAGCAAGGCUAAUAGCAGAUGGCUAACUGUAACUUUAGCUUUAGCAUUACAUGGUGCUUCACCGUAAACUCGGCGUGACCGAUGCCAGCACAGCGGGAACAUUGUGAAGUGGGUUGAACUGAAACUUGUUGACUUAUUGUGUAUUUCACAAACUAGUUUAUUUACCGUUGAGGCGGACCACUCUCCUCUGUGCGUCCCUGAGCUGCCUGCUGCAGAUCCGUCACCCUGCUGUGCUGUGUUAGUGGAUGAAGAUUGUCAUGAGGUCGCUGCGCCAUCUACAGGAUAAGUCAGGGAACUUUUCAAAUGGCGCAUCAUUUUCGAAGUGAAACCGAAUCUCAUUCUCCGCAUUUUAUUUCUGAAAACAUCGGCGAGUUUUGGCGGAUUUACCGAUUAGUCUCAAACGGGCUUAAGUUGGCCGAUUUAGUUGGCUUGCCAAUAAAUUGGUUGGGCCCUUAUAUGUAUACGUUGUAUUUUACCUCAAAUACAAAUAAAAUGUAGGAAGGGAAGGAUCAUAUCAGUUUUCUUCUUUUAAGGCAGGCUGUGAACAUUGCACCAUGGUGCAUUCAUUUACAUAGACAAAAAGUCAAACAGCUUAAACCCUAAAUAGUUCCAAGUUUACUUGAUGUUAUGUGUAACGCUGUUUGUUAGAAAUAUCAAAAGCUCCUUCAUGAGGUUUGGCUUGUGCCAAUAUUUGCUGUCAACAAUGACUUAACAUGUUAAAUAAACUAUAUUGCUCACCAUAUCUUGGUUUUGUGUUUACAUAGUGUUUCUCUAUCCUCAGAAAGUCAGAGUUUAAACUUAUAUAAAUGAAUUAUUUAUAAUAUUAAAACCACAAUUACAACAAUAAAACACAGUUUGUGAUCAUAAACAAUUAAAAAAAUAAAUGAAUAAAUAAGACUGGGUUUGCUUUCCCUUUGUAGGACAUCCAGGUUCCAGUCUGUCCUUUAUGCAACAUCCCCAUUCCCAUCAAGAGAGGAGAGAUGCCCGAUAUAAAAGUCGGUGAACACAUUGAUCGUGAUUGCAAAUCGGAUCCUGCACAGAGGAAGAGAAAAGUAAGUUUUAGUUUGAGCUGUUUUGUUGUACAAAUGAGUUAAGAUAUAAACAACCUAACUCACAUUUUUCUCUUUUUUUUCUUCAGAUUUUUACCAAUAAAUGUUCUAAAGGCGGCUGUAAGCAGAAGGAGAUGAUGAGAGUGACCUGUGAUCAGUGUCAUUUAAAUUACUGUCUUAAACAUCGACACCCACUUGACCAUGAUUGUAAGACGGACGGGAAACCUCUGUCCAAAUCAGGGUGAGUGCAGCUUCACUGUGCCUCCAGAUGAUUUCCUUCGACCUGAAAUGUAAUAGUUGGAAUCCUUUUUUGCUUCUGUGUUAGAAAUGCUGCUGUAGCAAGAGCGCAAAACGCCUCCUCCACCUCUGCCUCCGGUUCUAGUUCAUCAGCUUCAGGAAACCCGCGACCUGUUUCCAAUGGCAUCAGUGCCAACAACAGAGGGCACAACAGCGGGUAAGCGCUCCCACUCAUGAUCCAUUCUCAAUGUACUAGGUCUCACACACCUAAAGUAAUUUAACCAUUGCUGUCCUAUCUUGUGGUUUUCUCCUUUCCCAAGCCCCACCCAGCGGAUCCCUACAUCCGUAUCAGCACAGAAUGUAAUACCACCAUCAGCAUCAUUUCAGGCCGGCCUGGUAUGUGUCCCUGUUAUUAACUUGUGAUCACAUGAUGUAAAGAAGUCCACAAUGGGAGGGAAAAGUAAACAUGGGUGUACUGCUGUGGUGAUGUCAUUGCAGACGGAGGAGCAAGCUUUACAAAGAGCUCUGGAGAUGUCUCUGGCUGAGUCCAGGCAGACUGUUCAGCCGUCUCUUAGGUGAGUAAACGUCAUCAAAACCUAUAAUCCCCAGAAAUAUCCUAUUAUCAGCUCGACAGUAGUACGCCUAACAAUGUUGGCAUGCUUCUGUGCUGUUUUCUCUCAUUGAUCCCAGGCUUCCAAGAGACUACUUAAAAAAAUAUACCGGCUAAUUUUCAGAAUAUAUAUAUUUUUUUGUAUUUAUAUUGGUUUUGAUACAGAAAACAACAAUGCAUCUUUAUUCAAGAAUUUAGAGGACAAUAAAAGUAAAGACUGUGUUGUCCACAAGGGGGCGCCAAAAUUGGCUGAUAAUGAAAGAUCCUCACUGGAGCUUGAAAGCAAAACAUUCCGAUAAGAAUAGCGAAAGAAUCGAAAUAUAUAGCCCUUUAUUGAUAUUUCACUUAACAAACACAACAUACAAGUUUCAGAAGAACAAAAAACACUGAUAAGCUUCCAGUCACACUGACGGAAAAAUACUUCCAUAUAGAUAACUAAAGAAAUGAAAGUGUAUUAUAGUAGGAGGCUGUUUGCAGAUCUGUUUGUUCUGCUUUGAAUACUCCUGUACUACUGUAUAUCAGAGGGUAGUAGAGCCAACAGUGGGGGGCAGUAUGGCCCUAGAGAGGCACUCAGGGUAGGUGAUGUUCUCCAAGGAGGGCAGAGAGCCCCAAGUGACUCUCUGCUGUGUAUUUCUCUAGCAGCUUCUUCUUUACUCAGCAUAAUCAAGUAAUUACAUUUGAAAACAACCUGGAAAAAUACACUAAUAUCACCAACAUAUGUUUUAAAUCCACUAAAUGGCACCCCCGGAGCUACUGCUGGAUUGAAAUCUCCUUUUUGAUACAUAUAUAUAUCUAUUGUUUUACACCCACGUGCCACUAGCUGGAGCUGUGGAUCCUGUCGGUCCUCCAAAUAAAAGCUCAGACAGAAUUUCUACUUAAUUCCUAUAAACAUUGGGGACAUAUUUUGAGCCAGGAUUAUCUUAAAAGGACUAAUUCUAUGAAUGUGCCCAGUGAUUGAAGGAGUUUCUUAUAAGUGCAUUUUUAUAAACAGGUAGAGGAGUGAUUUAUGUUUUUCAGCUCCAUGUUUUCAGACGAUCAUCAGACUCAUCUUCGAUAAAGACAGUGCAGCAGCAGCAGCAGCAUGAAUGGCUUCAUUGUUCACGUUACAUUCAUGUUUGUGUGUUCGUCAUCUGUUUCUUAGCCCUCAGGAGCAGGAGGAUCUGGCUCUGGCUCAGGCUCUCGCUGCCAGUGAAGAAGAGUACAGACGUCAGCAGCAGAGACAACAGGUACCCGGAAAGCUUAGCCGUCACUAGCAUGCUAACAGGAAGAAAUGUAGGUACAUUGUUGUCGUAGCAAUCUACCCUUAUUGUCAGAGAACCUGACAGCACACUUUUUUAAUGCUUGUAUAAAGUGGUCGUAGUUUCUGACUGACUUUUCUUUUUCUGUUUAGGGGAGGGAGUCCAAACAGUCCAACUGCUGCCUUUCUUAA